AUGACGGGUCGCUACUCCCUGAGAGCAACCCCUAGAAAGAAGGAACUUUUCACUGGCAUGGUAGAGACCCCGCGUCCUGUCUCCCGCCGCACAUCCUCCCGCCGCUCACACACGCCUGCUGGAGAGAGCCCUGAGCCCACAGCCGACCUCGACUCUCUGUCAGAGAACCUCAAGCCCGAGACCGCACGAAGAAGAGGCAUUCCCAAGUUCAAAGAAGAUAUUGACGACGAGGAGGUCGACCUCAGAGCACCAAUGAAGAAGUCCGCUACCAACGGCCACGCCAAUGGCAAUGGCAAUGGUCACGCUAAUGGAUAUGCCAACGGCAACGGCCACACCAACGGACAUGCCAAUGGCAAUGGCCACACCAACGGCUCUGCGUACGGCACUAUUGAGGAUGUCAAGCCCCUUGCCACCGGACGCGCUCCCUUUGUCACGGCCGAAGAUGUGCUGUCCGACGUUGCGACCAACAGUCAGCCUGCGACCGCUGUCAACGGCAAUGAGCCCAAUUAUGAGGUUGGCGAAAUCAUUGACGGCUGGAAAGUCGGCACCGACCCCAAGAUUGACUUCUCGGGCGAGUUCGAAUUUGGCGGCAGCUUUGGCACCAUGGCCCUCAUGAUUGGAUUCCCUCUGCUCAUGUGGUACAUGUGGAUCGGUGCAACCUACUACGACGGCAAGCCCCCGAUGCGCGUCGAGGGCCAAUCCUGGAGCGACUUUGGUUCUCACCUCCUCAACCUAGUCUACACAGGCGCCUAUCCUUCGUUCCGUGCCUGGAAGAUCUACUGGACCUUCUUCAUUUUCGAGGGUGCCUGUUACUGCCUUCUCCCUGGCGUCUGGGCCUGGGGAAAGCCCCUCGCCCACGAGAAUGGCAAGCAGCUAAAGUACUACUGCAGCGCCUACGCUAGUCUGUACUUCACUAUCGCGGUCAUGGCGGCGCUGCACUUUACCGGUCUCUUCCCUGUCUAUACAUUCAUCGACGAAUUCGGCCCUCUCAUGUCCGUUGCUAUUAUCAGCGGCUUCCUCGUCUCUUUCGUUGCCUACUUCUCUGCCUUGGCUCGUGGCGCCCAGCAUCGUAUGACCGGAUACCCCAUCUACGACUUCUUCCUAGGCGCUGAGCUGAACCCCCGCAUGUUCGGCAUCCUCGACUUCAAGAUGUUCUUCGAGGUUAGGAUCCCCUGGUACAUCCUCCUUGGCCUGAGCUGCGGCGCCGCGGCCCGUCAGUACGAGCGUUACGGCUACGUGUCUGGCGAGGUCCUCUUCCUCGUCAUGGCGCACUACCUAUAUGCCAACGCGUGCUCCAAGGGCGAAGAGCUCAUCGUGCCCACCUGGGACAUGUACUACGAGAAGUGGGGCUUUAUGCUCAUCUUCUGGAACCUCGCCGGUGUACCGCUCUCCUACUGCCACUGCACCAUUUACCUUGCCAACCACCACCCCGACGAGUACCGCUGGAACCCCUACGCACUUACAGCUCUCUUCAUCGCCUAUCUCUUCGUUUACUGGGUUUGGGAUACGUGCAACUCGCAGAAGAACUUCUACCGCUUCUCCGAGCGCGGCCAGGCCGCCCAGCGCAAGUCCUUCCCCCAGCUUCCCUGGCAGACGGUCAAGAACCCCAAGAUCAUCAGGGCUGCGAACGGCGGCACCAUCCUCGUCGACGGAUGGUACGGCCUCGCCCGCAAGGUUCACUACACCUGCGAUGCCUUCUUCGCCAUCUGCUGGGGUCUCAUCACAGGUUUCAACAGCCCCUUCCCUUGGUUCUACCCCGUCUUCUUCUGCGGCAUGAUUGCCCACCGUGCGGCGCGCGACAUCCGCAAGUGCAGACAGAAGUACGGCGAGGCGUGGCUCGAGUACGAACGCCAGGUGCCCUACCUUCUCAUUCCGUACGUCAUCUAA